CUUCACCAGACAGCCAUGAUUUUUCAAAUAUGAUGAAGAGUGGCUCAGCAACCACAUCAGCCAUCUCUCUCAGAACCCUAGGAUGGAUAUCGUCUGGCCUCAUGGACUUAUAUACAUUGUUUCAUGAGGAGGUCUCGGACUUGUUCCACUGUUAAAGUGGAGCAGAAUCCGCUCCUUUCUCCUACAUCCAGAGCUUCAGGGUCCGGGCAGACAUGGGGAGGAGCCCAACCACCUGUGAAGACUGAAGUAAAACACUUACUGAGCACCUCAGCUUUUUCCAUGUCUGAGGAAGCCAGUUCUCUUUCCUCAUUUAUCAUAGAGUGAUGCUGAAAAGCUUAUAUGAAAGCAUGAGUGGUGCUUAUAAAAAAACAAAAACAAAAACAAACAACUCACAAAAAGGCUUUACCAUGCAUUGUAAUUAAUCUUUUUCAUGGAAUUUGCAUACCAAAUAUGGAUAUGAUGAAAGCAUUUAUUUGGGGGAUCAAUUUGAGUUUGUGAUAACUUGGAUUAUUUCCAUGCAUGACAGAAGCUAAUGUCAGAUAUUAACUGCACUUGAAACAAAAAAUGUUCAUAUUGCUUGUGUUCAGCACACCACUGAAAGUUGAAAUGGUGCCUGUCAUGCUUCACGUUGCCCUUGAUAAAGGGCAAGGCUCUAAUUAAUUUUGCAUAGUCAGCCUCUGGAGGAUUGGUUAGUGCUGACCACAGUGACACACAGAUGUGCAGCUGGUGUGUUUCUCCCAAUAAUUAAGAGAUAUACAUGGCUUUGCUCCUGUAUUUACAAAUGAGUUAAUUUGGUAUCAUGGACAGAUCUUGCCCCUUUGAUGGGAUUAUGGGAAAUAGAAAUAACUUUCCUCCAAAUCAAAUGACCUGGGCUAAUGAGAGCUUUGUUAUACUAUUUAAAGCUCAACAGAAUCCAGAGUGAAUGUACUAACUACUUGUCUUAAAGUCAUUAGCAACCAUUGUGUAUUCCACACCAGUUCUAGCUGGCUGACAUCAGAAGAUGCUGAUACCUGUUCUGAUUUUGAACAGGAGGCACAAGAUUUCUAAUCUCCUGGACGCUCAAAUUCCGCUUAAGGUAACAGAUGCAUGGUUUCAAAUAUUGAUAAAGUUAGGAAUAGAGAAAUAAACAUUCGAUUAAAAUGAAGGUAUGACUGGCAGACAGAUCUACAAAUGGCUUUCAGAAAGCAGUAGACGAGUUUUUGAAUGAACUGUAGAAUCUUCAAAGUUAUCCACAAAAUAAGCAAUUACUUUCCUUACUAAGCUAGCAAUACACAGGUGUGAGGCACCUGCUAGUGUUACUCUAAUUUACCUCAUCUAUUCAUAGGUAGUCAUUUCAGAAGGGGUAUUGCCAGCUUUAAAAUCUAAGGGUUCACAGGUCACAGUCACUAUAACUAAAAUAAAAUAUUUACUUUCAUUUUUUUCUCUUUUCAGUUUUUAAUUCCUGACAUCUCCAUUUCAUGUGUAACCUCAGCAUAGCAACUGCCUUUGUUAAGAUGAUAAACAGUGUGUUUUAAGGCCAGGGUUGUAGACACUGACUUCUUACACUUGCAAAGGGGAUUAGCUUAGUAUAAUCAAAUUUAGAAGCAGAGCACACAGAGGUUUUCUCAUAGGAAAGAGCUGAAAGAGACCUGUGUGCUCCCUUCUGGAUACGUUAUGGUAGAGCAGGAACUUCCAGCAGAAGAUCAAAAAGUCCUACCGGCACCACCUGAAAACACUGCCACAUGAUCUGCUUUUAGAAUCGUAGAAUCACCAAGGUUGGAAAAGACCUCCAAGAUUAUCUAGUCCAACCAUCCACCUACCACCAAUAUUUCUCCACUAAACCACGUCCCUUAGUAUAACAUCUAAAUGGUUCUUGAACACCUCCAGAGAUGGUGAUGACUUCACCUCCCUGGACAACCUGUUCCGGUACCUGACCACUCUUUCGGAGAAGAGAUUUUUCCUAACGUCCAACCCGAGUUUCCCCUGGCACCAUUUGAGGCCAUUCUCUCUAGUCUUAUCACUAUUUAUGUGGGAGAAGAGGCCAAACCCCACCUCGCCACAACCUCCUUUCAGGGAGUUGUAGAGAAUGGUAACGUCUUCCGUGAGCCUUGUGCAGACUACACAAAGUUCCCUCAGCUGCUCCUCAUAAGACUUGUGCUCCAGACUCUUCAGCUGAACAAUGACCAAAACCCCAAGAUCCUUUUCCUCCACACAGUCUUCCAGCCACUCUGCCCCAAGCCUAUAGUGUUGUCUGGGGUUACUGUGGCCAAAGUGCAGAACCUGGUACUUGGUCUUGCUGAACUUCAUCCCACUGGCUUUAGGCCAGUAAUUCAGCCUGUGCAUAUCACUCUGUAAGGCCUUCCUACCCCAAGCAGAUCAGUGCAUCCCCCCAGCUUUGUGUCAUCUGCAAACUUACUAGGUGUGCACUCAAUGCCCUCAUCCAGAUCAUCAGUAAAGAUAUUAAGCAGGACAGGCCCCAGUGCUGACAUCUGGGGAACACCACUUAUGCCAGCUGGACUUAACUCCAUUCACCACCACUCUCUGGGCCCGGCUAUCCAGCCAGUUCUUUAGCCAGCGAAGAGUGUACCUGUCUAAGCCAUGGGCUGCCAGCUUCUCCAGGAAAAUACUGUGGAAGACAGCAUCAAAGGCUUUGCUGAAGUCUAGGGAGACUAUGUCAACAGCCUUUUCCUCAUCCACCAGGAGAGUUGCUUGGUCAUAGAAGAUGAUCAGGUUGGUCAAGCAGAACCUGCUUUUCACAAAUCCUGGUUAGCUGGAGCUAAUCUCUUCGCUGACCUGCAUGUGCCAUGUGAUCUCACUCCAGAUGAUCUGCUCGAUGACCUUCCCUCCAUACCAAGGCCAGGUUGACAGGCCUGUAGUACCCUAGACUCUCCUGCCAACUUUUUUUUUUCAGAUGGGCAUUACAUUCACAAGUCUCCAACCACCUGGGACCUUCCCAGUUGACCAGUACUGCCGAUAAAUGACAUAAAGUGGCUUGGUGAGCACAUCUGCUGGCUCCCUUAGUACCCUCAAGUGGAUUCCACCUGACCCCCUGGGCUUGUGACAGUCAGGGUGGUGUAGCAGAUUUCCUCAUGGUUUCUGGGGGGGGUUAUUCUGCUCUCCAUCCUUAUCUUCCAACUCAGGGGGCUGAGUACCCCAGAGAUAACUGUCCUCAAUAAUGAAGACAGAAGUAAAGAAGGCACUGAGUAUCUCAGCUUUUUCCUCACCCUUGCUGGUAACAUUCCCCGCUACAUCCCAUAAAAGAUGAUUAUUCUCCUUAGCCUUCCUUUUGUUGUUCAUGUAUUUGUAAAAACAUUAUUCAUUUUUGGGGGAAUCUUUUGUAGCAGUGGCCAGGUUAAAUUCUUGCUGGGCUUUCGCUCUUAUAAUUUUCUCUCAGCAUAUCCUAGCAACAUCCUUGUACUCUUCCUGAGUGGCCUGCCCCUUCAUCCAGAGGUGGUAAACUCUUUUUUAUUCCCUGAGUUUCAGCCAAAGUUCUCCGCUCAACCAGGCUGGUCCUCUUCCCCACUGGCUCAUCAUACAGCACACUGGCACAGCCUGUUCCUGGGCCUUUAAGAUCUCCUUCUUGAGUAAUGUCCAGCCUGGACCCCUUUGCCCUUCAGGACUGUCCCAACCCAAAGGACUCUCCAGACCGAUGUCCUAAACAGUUCAAAGUCUGUCCUCUGGAAGUCCAAGGCAGUGGUUUUGUUGCCCCCUCUCCUGAUUUCACCAAGAAUCAAUCUAGAACUCUAUCAUUCUGGAGCCACUAUUCCCAAGAUGGCUUAUGACCACCGUGUCUCCCACCAGUCCUUCUCUGUAAACAGUAGAUUAAUGGGGCUCUUCUCCUGGUAGGCUCUCUUACCAGGUGUGUCAGGAAAUGAUCUUCCAUGCAAUCCAGGAACCUCCUAGACAUCUUCCUCUCUGCUGUAUUGUAUUUCCAGCAAACAUCAUUUGCUUCUUGAAUCCUUCUUUACAUUCUUCUCCUGAUUUUGACAAAUGAUGCCACAAUUCAACCUGAACUGUGUUUUGUUACUUCUAUCACUAUGCCCCUGCCACAUCAAAAUAGUCCACCAAACAUUUAACUGCAGGAAUUUAUUUUGAAAGCAGAACAGAACAAGCCAAUAGUUAACCUCCCAGCUGACCUUCUAGAUAUUGAAAUAUUCUCUUGGAAGCUGAUGAACAAAAGGAAUAAGGUAGAUUUCUCAUACUGCAGCAUUUAGAUAUUGUUGCAGAUGAGGAUGUCAUUGGUACAUUUUUUUCACUGGCAAUGCUUUUUCUUUCUGGAUUUGACUGUGUCCGCAGGCUUGCAACAGUUGUGACUGGGUUGUGCACACUCAGCAUUUCAAAACCUCCAGGCUUGUGGAUUCUGCUAUCUUGCUGGUGUAAUUUUUCUGUCUCCAGCCUGAACCUUCCAAUUGCAGUUCAUGUCAACUGCCUCUGGCCUUUUUCUGCCCCAUGCUGAACCAGUCCUGGCCACCCAAGCCUUUCCUGCAAGGCAAGUGCUCCAGCCUCACUGCCUCAGUAGUCUCCAAUGAGCCCCACUGCAUGGGCAAUGUCACUCCUGUCUGCAAUUCUAGAAAAGAAGCAGAGCCCAGAUUAGGCCUUCUGAGUGCUGUGUGGAGGGGAUGGAUCACCCCUGCUGCCCCCAGCAGGGGAGAAAGAAAGGAGAAGAUCCCCAGGAGCUAGCCACAGGCUGCCUUUGACUUGGUAUGGAAGGAAGCAAUGUAUGCAGAGGGCAAAGCAGCAGUGCUGGCAUGUGGGGAGAGCCAGUAGGCCUGUAUCCUGCUGCCUCAGAGGAAAACAUAGGUUUUUUUGAAGGCAGCCCUAUGCUUUAUGGAUCUGGAGAUUUGUCAUGUCUGGGGCAACGUGGGAAGACUUGAUCAAAGCCUCUGACACUGCUGCAAAAUGCCAGCAGUGAGAACACACAAUAUAGAGAAUGGAAUGGUCAGAGGAACUGUGGAAAACCCAGAUGCGUUUGCUGAGGUUGGAGUGCUGCAGGUUAUAGUGCCCAUUGUGAUGUCCCUGACAACACGUCCUUGCACAAGCCAUAGUGACUUAUGCAGCAGUGGAUUGUGACCUCUUAGCCCUCACUGCUUGUAGCCAGGCACAGAGUCUCUGACUCUGGCUUGUGCCAGCACUCCAGCCGAGUGUGUCUGUGAGGUCUGGAGCGAGCAAGCCUUGGCGCUGGUCUUGUGCUCUGGGAGCUGCUGACAGCUGCUCUCAGCGCUUGUCCCCAGAGCCAUUUGAGCUUCUUCCCCACUCUGGUUCAGGCAGCUGGGGCACCCAGGAGGCCGCAGCAGCAAAGGGAAACGCAUGACCCCUGCUGCUGCAGCAGUGGUGUGAGGGAGCAGCCCCUCAUCCCCUGUGUACCACAGCAGCUGCACAGUAUGGCCACUGAGAUGGACCAUCGCUGCCCCAUUUGCCUGGACACCAUUAAUAAUGCCAGCUAUGUCAUGCCAUGCCUGCACCAGUUUUGCUUUGGCUGCAUUCGGCAAUGGAGUGAGAACAGCCUCACAUGCCCCAUCUGCAAACGGAGGAUGAGAUCAAUCUUGCACUCAGUGCAUGCAGACAACAGCUUCAGUGAGUUUGUUGUCAGAAGGCCUGAGCGUGCCAGGAGAGCUCCCGAACACCAACCAGGGGCUUCAGGGCUGGUGCUCAGGUUGUCCACCUGGGCAUCCUUCUUCCGCCAGCACCCAGCUGUGCUCUGGCCCCUGCUGCCCUGGCUGCGCCACGAGCUGAGGCAGUUCUUUGGGGGAGACAACAGGGCAGCUUCUGCAGCACUGCGCCUUAUUGUCUCUGGCCUGCUCAUCUUUGGCCUGGAUGAGGAAGGGCUGACCCUGCAGCUGCUCAGCUCCCUACAAAGCCAGGCCACCAGCUUUGUGCGACGGCUCAUUGUCCGAGCUGUGCAGUGGUGCAGUGGGGAGGCGCGACGUCUGUUGGGCCUGGAGGCCUCCCAUGCUGCCAGAGGGCAAGAGGGCAGCCCUGCAGCUGUCCCUGGUGCAGCUGCCUCACCUGAACAGGCUCCUGACCCCAGCCCACAGCCCUCCAGCAGCGCUGACGAAACCAACAUGAAGGAGUUUCCAGUCACCUCAACCACUGGCCUUAGUGAAGAUUACAGCCAGCCUCCAUCCAACCCAGCUCCAGUGCCAAUGGUCCAAGAAGCAGCCCCGGAGGAGUUGGGGGAGGCUGCAGCAAAUCCCUCAACUACAAGCCAGCUCAGGGAGCGCUCACAGAGGGUGCCUCGGCGAGCUCCGAAGAGGAGAGCCUGCAUCUGUGAGGCCUAUGCACCAUCUGCCAAGAGGCCACACCGCCAGCAACACUAAGACACCACCCCAGCAGCUGGUGAGAACAGGGCUGGGCCUGCAGCUGGGGCACAGCAAGGCCCCAGGGGUUCUGACAGGCCUUUGGUGUAUCACAGAAUCAUAGAAUCACCGAAUCCUUGAGGUCCCUUCCAACAUCAAGGAUCAUCAAGCUCCAACUCCCCUGCCGCAGGCAGGGCCACCAACCUCCACAUUUAAUACUAGACUAGGCUGCCCAGCGUCCCAUCCAACCUGGCUUUGAACACAUCCAGUGAUGGGGCAUACACAGCCUCUCUGGGCAGCCUGUUCCAGCACCUCACCACCCUUGUAGUAAAGAGCUUCCCACUGAUAUCUAACGUAAAUCUUCCCUCCUUCAUCUAAAAAGCAUUUCCCCUUGUCUUGCUAUUAUCUACCUUUUCAUACUGAUAAAAAUAAUAAAAAUACAGAAAAGUC